AUAAUCUGUGGAAAAGCUACAGAAGAUUAACUAGAGGUUAGGUUAUGUUGCACGCCAUAAAAUAAAUAAUACAAAAAGCAGUUACCACUUGAGUAUAGAAAUUGUGAAAAAGCUUUGUGUAACGAUUUACUAGAAGCACCGCUUGAUAAUAAACCAGUGCCGAUGUGAGAUGGCAGAAAAUAAAGUUCUACGGUGUGGGUGGUUAACAGAAGAUCCACUCUACAUAAAAUACCAUGAUGAAGAAUGGGGAAUUCCACAAUAUAACAGCUUUGCCUUGUUUGAAAUGUUAUGUUUAGAAGGACAACAAGCUGGCUUAUCGUGGUUGACAAUAUUAAAAAAACGAGAAAGUUACCGGAAGUGUUUCUUUAACUUCGAGCCUCACAAAGUGUCAAAAUUAACGGAAAAGGAUGUUGACCAACUUCUAAAAGAAUCUGGAAUAAUAAGGCAUAAAGGAAAAAUUGAAUCUAUAAUAAACAAUGCCAAGUGUUAUGUACAAAUGGAAAAUAAUAACGAAAUUUUUUCUGAUUUUAUAUGGAGCUUCGUAAACAAAGAGCCCAUAGUAAAUCAUUGGAAACACUAUAAAGAUGUGCCAUCCGAAACAGCGAUGUCUAUAGCACUAUCCAAGUCUUUAAAAAGAAAAGGUUUUAAAUUCGUCGGCUCAAAGAUUUGUUAUGCUUUCAUGCAAGCGUGUGGCCUAGUAAAUGAUCAUGUCAUAACAUGCAUAAGAUAUAAUACAAAGCAUUCUGAUUAAAUUCAAACUAUCUAUAAUUAAAAAGGUUACAACGUUUACAAUCGGACUUAGUUC